CACUAGUAGUGCAAAAAAAAGACAUUCUUGAUGCCAAUUAUUGUACUACUUUCAUCAUAGGCACCAUCCUGUGGCAUUUUAGGGCAUUUCAGAAAGAGCACAAAAUGUGAAAAGCUGAGCUUUUGAACAAAUCGCUGGGUACAGCUUCCACAGGAAAAAAGAAGGUGAAUUUGUUAAGUGUGAACCACAAAUCCGCGGGGGAUUCACCAAACCACGACGGUCUCCCAUUAUUCCUCAAAAUUGAAUUCUUACAGCAGCAUUAUUCUUAAAUCCAAAUCCAAACCCUCCAUGCUCCUCCUGCCCUCGCAUGAUGGACACGGGCAGCUGUCGGACGGUGAUGCCAGACUGAUUCCCACAGCUGAUGCAUCCACAUUUGGCCACCAUCAAAGCGAAUGUGUUUGGAGCUGAGGUAUCAGUCUUCCUCCCUUCAUCCCAAUGACCGUCCGGAAAGGAAAAACUUUAGCCAUCACCAUCCAGGAGCACAUGGCCAUCGACGUCUGCCCGGGACCAAUCCGGCCCAUCCGCCAAAUCUCUGCCUACUUCCCCCGCCUCUCGCCCACUUCCUCCUUCUCGGAGCCGCUCUCGCCCAAUCAGACGGGAGCCUCGGCUGCCCUCUUCCCCGGCGGGACGGGUCAAGGCGGAGCGGGAGGAGGCAGCGGCGGCCUGUUGUCGCCCUUGUUAGCGGCGAGAGGCGGCGGGGCCGCGGGGGGCUCGCUGUCCGCCAUGAGCAGCAUUGACACCUCCGUCGAGGUGGACAGCUGUGACAGCGACGAUAACACUUCUUUGGGGACGUUGGAGUUUGACUUGCUGUACGACAGAGCCACCAGCUCCUUGCACUGCACUGUCCUGAAAGCGAAGGGUCUGAAACCGAUGGAUUUCAACGGCUUGGCGGAUCCCUACGUGAAGCUGCACCUCUUGCCGGGAGCCUGCAAGGCCAACAAACUGAAAACCAAGACGGUCCGUAACACUUUGAACCCGGUGUGGAACGAGACGCUCACAUACUGCGGCAUCACCGAGGAGGACAUGUCUCGCAAAACGCUGCGGGUGUCGGUGUGCGAUGAGGACAAGCUGACGCAUAACGAGUUCAUCGGGGAGUCGCGGGUGGCCCUUCGCCGCGUGAAGCCCGACCAGACCAAACACUUCGACAUCUGUCUGGAGCGCCCACCUCCUCUGCCCUCGCCCACGGCGAUGAGCACGGCCCUCAGAGGCAUCUCCUGCUACCUGAGAGAGUGGGAGACGGAGCAGCAGAGAAGUUUGGAGGAGAGAGGCCGCCUGCUGCUGUGUCUGCAGUACGUCCCCCCGGGCGACGUCGACGGCGACGAGGGUCCCGGCGAGGCCAAGGAGAGGACGCGCGGCGGCCUGUGCGUGGGCGUCAAGCGCUGCGCCCACCUGGCCGCCAUGGACGUCAACGGCUUCUCCGACCCCUACGUUAAAACGUACCUCAAGCCAGAUGUUCAGAAGAAGUCCAAGCACAAAACUGCAGUGAUAAAAAAGACACUCAACCCGGAGUUUAAUGAGGAGUUCUUCUACGAAAUCUCCUUCUCAGAGCUCGCCACCAAGACGUUAGAGGUCACCGUGUGGGACUACGACCUCGGCAGGUCAAAUGACUUCAUCGGGGGCGUGUCCUUAGGGUGCCACUCGCAGGGGGACACCCUGCAGCACUGGGUAGACUGUCUGAAGAACAAGGGCAAGAAGGUGGAGCGCUGGCACACGCUGACCAACGAGCUGCCCGGCGCCACGUCGCAGGAAUGAAGCGCACCUCUCAGGAUUGUGCGAGCGGCGACACCACGGCGGCGAGGGAGACGGCGGAGGCUUUUCUGCAUGACUGUCAAAGAACUCGCAGCCGCACAAAAGGACUUCUUCAUUCAUGAAAAGAACAAAAAAUAAACGCAUCAGUCGGAGAAAAGCGGGAAGAGUCACAGAUCGUAAGAGGCCUCAUCAUCGCACCCGCCACAAAACUGCUUUUUUGAAGCGGAUCCAUUUGGGACGCUUGUUCCAUUUUUUGGGUGGAUUUUGCUGAGCCUAAAGUCACGUACACGCACAGGAAGGAUAUUGAAAAGGCGUUUUCGCAUAACGCGCGGCUGCGGUUGGUGUGCAUUGGGAUGUCGCCAACUACUGGCCUGGCAUGUAUAUGAAUUGCAAAACAAUUUCAAGAAGGAAAAAAUGAAAGAUUUGUUUUUUGGUUUUUUUCCUGAAGAGUUUGUCACGUAAAAGUACUCGAACGCAGUCUUUCCCAACAUUUUGGAUCCAAAGCACAUACACUACUCAUACAAAGAUAUAUAUAUCGCUCUUUCGGCUGAAAUGAUCGGUCCAACUGUUCAGCGUUUCAGUACUUUUUGCACAGCUUUCUGUUCUCUAAAAAAAGAAGCUAAACGGCACCUUGAUGCCUUUCUGUGACUCUUCCAGUCUUUUUGUAUCUCAACUGAUCACCUUCUUAGCUCAGCGGUACUAUUGAUCAAUUGUUAGGUGUCGUCUCGGUCUCAUGAUGUCAAAAUCUUAACAAAAUGUUGAAGAGGACUGUUUCGAGUUGAUUCAUGGAUCAAACUGUUUUUUUCUUUUUCUAUCGGCUCCUUGUUAACGUUGAACAGUUGGACAUGUGCAUUUCAAAGUUUAGAAAAGGUCAAAUUAGGUUCACCUGUAAAGUUUAUACAGUGGCCCGAAAAUCGCGGUUAAUUGAGGCCCAUUAUAAUUGCAUUAAAAACAAAAAGGGGCUUUUUUUUUAUUUUUUUUAUUUUAAACUAAAAAAUUCUGUAAAAACCACCAAUAUGUGUUUUCAGGGUCGGUUCCCCCCCCCCCAAAAAAAAAGACAAAGGAAUAAAAGAAAAUGUGCAAAUAGGUGAAUCCACAGGAACCGAAGCGCAAGCAUGCGGAGGUCCACUGUCGUGCAUUUUAGGCUCAUCCAGAAAUUUCACCCCAAAGCUGAAUAUCCCAAACUUUUUUGUGAGUAGAGUAUUUUAAAUGAGAAAACCAUCAUGGAACACCGUGCAAAAACGUCACAAAAAACUACUGAAAUAAUUGAGAUUUUGCCUAAAUUUACUCACAAAUUCACUGUGAAAUGUGAGCAGGUUUAGUCGAACACAAAGCUCAACACGCACGCAUGUCAAUUGUACCUUCUGCCACUCGGUGGCCAAGAACAUAUCAUUGUUCUGCUGACACUAUACGUCACUGGCAUAGAUAGAUGAACGAAAAUCCUUUUUCUGACCAAUUCAGUGGAACUGGAUCGUUUCCCCAGGCACGCACGAUUAUCUCGAAAGGCACAGUAGUCGAGAAUCGCUUUGACGUGAAAUCGUGCGGGGAAAUUAGCAAACGGCGGCAGAUGAGGAUGUGCUUAUCCUGUUACGUUGGACCAGUUGUGUUGACAAGCGGAUCUCGCUCGCACCCGCUAUAAGCGCUUCCGAGGAUCUUCAAAUAGACAAUUUUGCAUUUAUUAGAUUUUGGAUGUGUGGGGUUGUGACAGCACGGCGCUGCUGACAGCCUAACAAGCGCGACAAGGAGAAUCGGCUCUUCCACGUGAACGACUUCCUAUCAAUUGUUGGCAUGCUCGGUGUUGCUGGAGUCGACUCAAAGACAAAAAAAAAAAAAAAACGUGCUGCAAGAUGACGCGUUCAUUGUUGUUCCACAGUUGCACUCUUUUUAUCUCAGUGUCAUGUUUAUGCGAUUUGUGUUUUGUUUUUGUUUUUCUCUCUCAUGUGCUUUGCAAAUAUCCCAAAGUUAUGAACCUUAAGUGAGGUACGCUCAUACCGAUUUUUAACAUCCUAAUCGAUUUUUUUCAAUGACUAACACCUUUGAGAGGCAGUGUGGUGCCACAAGGCAAAACAUACAAACAAAGGAGAAAGACUACUACUACUAUACUACUACUGGUAGUAGUAGUCGUAUUACAGUAUCUGGUAACUACAUUGCGGUUUUGUUGAUUAAAUAUGUUGAAACUUUAGAAAGUCAUUUGAGCAUUUAUUCCAUAUUGUUGACAUCUUAAGGUCCCUGUACUAUUACACACUUUGUCCAAAAAAAAUCCACUACUCGUGCCACUUUUGGACUACUAGUAUGUAAUUAAAAAUUACUAGUAAACUACUGUGCUGCUCUAGUAACACUACUAAGCCCAACAAGUAGGCAUAUGUCACGCACUAGUUGCCCCCUGUACCCUGCUUAUACCGCCAAAGUGCACACUACUAGUUUUGCCUCACUAGGACCGUGUAGGUUUCCUACUAGUAUGCCCAAGUUGUGGACCUUAAGCUGGAUAUGAAGGAUAUGGAAUAAAUGUGCAAACCACAAGACAUGGCCAAUAAAAAAAAUAUUCGGGACGCUUGGUGACAAGGAACUAUGUUGCAAUGAAGGGAGGAGCUUCAUUUCGUCAGGCCAUAAGCUUGUCUAAUGGGAAAAAAGCGCCUUGCUGCCAUCUUGUGGCAUCUAUAGGCAAUUACAAACCUUUUUGGGUGGGCGUCAAUGACUCAUGGGGGUUCACUGUAAUUCACAUUUAUGUAUCAAAGCGUAAAACAUUCUACAUAGCGGCUGCCUUUUGAAAUGUAAUUGGAAGCCGCAAUGUUUAUGUGUGAUCCAAAGGCAUGCUGAAAAAUAGAUGUAAAAAUAUAUAUAUUGUGUUGGCGGGUUCUUGUUUUUUUGUUAGGGGUUCUGUGUCUUCUGGAAGUUCAAGUGAGCAUGGUUUAUUUUUAUUCCAUAAAUUGUUCGUAUCGAUUUG